CACUCAGCAUGUAUAUCAGCGUCACCACAUGAGGUGGUCACAGCAAGAGCUGGGCACCCAUUGGCAUUGGCUCUUCAAUGCAUGAGAUCAAAGGCAGACGCUACAGCAACGAAGAAUACGAAUACGUUUGUGACCUGGACCAAAGUAGGGAUAAAAUAGCUGGUUGUGGCCGUCGUAGCAUGCAUUGCAGCAUUGCAAACGGGCGUGCUUGAUCUUUGUGCCGUGGGCUUUCCAGGUGCUGGCAAUCCCUGCCCUUUGACACAGACGAGGGGGCAAGUGAAUGGUAUUUUGGACGUGAAAGGGGCUUCAGGAGAGAAGUCUGUUAGUAAGAAGGCUCCUUCACUUUCUAAUUACUAGUGGAGGCUGUUUUGGGAGAUUAGCUGAAGCCAAUCAUGUCCUGAGCAUGGCAACCGAAGCAGACUUGCUAACUAGGGGAGGUGCCGGAGGAGGGCACUUUGAGUGGAUACCCAAGGAUGGCUUUUCUUGGGCUCGCGUGCCGGCUGAAACUGCGGCUUGCAAGUGCAAGGAGCAUGUGUGUGAGUUCAUGCAAGGCCUCAAGGCGACGGGUCUGUACUUUGCAAGGCAGUGCGAUUAGAGGGCACCAGUUUGCGGAACAGGCUGGGGGCCGAGAGCACAAGUUUGACCCAGCUCUCCUCUUGUCGGGGCUCACUCGCCAGUUCUCAACUUUCACCAGGAAUGAAGCUGGCCUGCCUGUGGUGUGGCACCCAGCUUACAGUGCCCCCCUGUUGCCGUCGUCGCACCGCUUUCCAAUGAAGAUCUUCCAGACGAUUUAUGACAGACUGCUGGAGACAAAGGUGGUGCGACCAGAGCAAGUCCAUAUUCCUGUUGAGCUGCCUUCCAUGGAACAAAUGAGCCUGGUCCACGACCCCGAGUAUGUGCGCGAAUUCUGUGAGGGGACCUUGUCGGCCGCCAGCCUCCGCCGCAUUGGCCUCCCCUGGAGCCCGGUGCUGGUGACGCGCACCCUGGCCGAAGUGGCAGGAACGCUGCUCACAGCGGAGCUGGCACUCGAGUACGGCCUCGCUUGCAACACCGCAGGAGGUACCCACCAUGCGUUCCGCGACUUCGGUUCCGGCUUCUGCAUCAUCAAUGACCUGGCGGUGACGUCAGCAGUCCUACUGGAGCGGGGGGCUGUGUCCCGGGUCCUCAUCGUGGACCUUGACGUGCACCAGGGAGACGGGACGGCCGCCAUCCUGGCACACGAGCCUCGAGUGUUCACGAUGAGCGUGCAUGCCGCCUCUAACUUCCCAGCAAAGAAGCAGCGCAGUGAUUUGGACGUUCCCCUUCCGGACGGCCUGGCCGACGAGGAAUACCUGGCGGUAGUGGCGGACCAUCUUCCGCGGGUGCUCACGGAUUUCCGGCCGGAUCUCGUGCUGUAUGAUGCCGGGGUGGACCCGCACAAAGACGACAGUCUUGGGAGGCUAUCGCUUACAGACGCAGGCCUCUUUCAGCGGGAGCGGAUGGUCUUUGAUACCUGCCUUGCAUUUGGGGUGCCGGUGGCGGCGUACGUCGGAGGCGGUUAUUCGACGGAUCUUGACGUACUAGCAGCUCGCCAUUGCUUCCUGCACCAAGCGGCAACUGAAGUCUAUGCCCAUCAUCACUUUUGAUUGCUUCCAAGUGUUCGGGCUAUGUGCAAUGAGAUGACUUUGGUUUGCGGGGUUGAAAAGGCGAUGUCCAUCUAUCUACAAUGAGGUGUG